AUGUCGACGGUCACGGCAACAGCAUUGCAAUCGGGCCAACCCCCCAUCAUCCCACUCGAGUUCAACGGCAACCAACCCAAGACCAUCCGACUCUACCCGCUUUCCAACUACACAUUUGGCGUCAAGGAGACUCAGCCCGAGGAGGAUCCAUCGGUGAUAGCCCGUCUGAAGCGUCUCGAAGAGCACUACUCAGAGCAUGGCAUGCGGAGAACCUGCGAAGGCAUCCUCGUUUGUCACGAGCACAACCACCCGCACAUUCUGAUGCUGCAGAUCGCCAAUGCCUUUUUCAAAUUGCCGGGCGACUAUCUACGACCAGAGGAUGACGAAGUCGAGGGCUUCAAGUCGCGGUUGGAUGAGCGCCUGGCGCCAGUGGGCAGACUCGGCGAGGGUGUUGAGCCCGGCAACUGGCAGGUCGGGGACUGCCUCGCACAGUGGUGGCGGCCAAACUUUGAGACGUUCAUGUAUCCCUUCAUCCCAGCACAUGUGACGCGGCCAAAGGAGUGCAAGAAGCUCUAUUUCAUUGAGCUGCCAGAAUACAAGGUCCUCAGCGUGCCAAAGAAUAUGAAACUUUUGGCUGUGCCCCUGUUCGAGCUCUACGACAACACGGCACGAUAUGGUCCCCAGCUUUCGGCCAUUCCCCAUUUACUUAGUCGGUACAACUUUGAAUUCGUCGAUGAAAGCGGAAAUAUUGUUGCAGCCACGCCUGGUACGGGCCCCGAGGGUUUUGUACCACAGACACACGUCCUCGCCGGUGGCGAUGAGGAUAUGCGGGAUGCCAAAGACGAGAAUGGCGGAAGCUGA